AAAUCUGGGGGUGUAAUGUUAUCAUAUAUCACGCUACCUCGUAAAACCGACACCGAAGCCUACCGGACAACAAAUCACAUCAAAAUUAUGAGCUCUUCGUAUUAUGUGAACGCUCUUUUUAGCAAAUAUACGGCGGGCGCUGCUUCCCUCUUCCAAAAUGCGGAGCCGACGUCUUGCUCCUUUGCCACCAACUCCCAGAGAAGCGGCUACGGACCGGGCGCGGGCGCGUUCACCUCCUCCGUGCCUGCCUUGUACAAUGUGAACAGCACCCUAUAUCAAACCCCGUUCUCCUCCGGAUACGGCCUGGGCUCCGAUGCCUACAACUUGCACUGCUCCUCUUUCGAUCACGACAUUCCCAUUCUUUGCAAUGACUUAACCAAACCCAGCUGCGAGAAAGCGGAGGAAGGCCACCUGCACGGCCAGGCUGAGAGUAAUUUCCGGAUAUACCCCUGGAUGAGGUCCUCAGGUCCGGAUCGGAAGAGAGGGCGCCAGACGUACACUCGUUACCAGACCCUGGAACUGGAGAAGGAGUUUCACUUCAACCGCUAUCUGACCCGGCGGCGGCGGAUAGAGAUCGCUCACGCCCUGUGCUUGACGGAGAGGCAGAUCAAAAUCUGGUUUCAAAACCGUCGCAUGAAAUGGAAGAAGGAGCAUAAAGAAGAACCCGCUGGUGGCGCCGCGGCCGCCAACGACAGCUCCUCCACCACUGCCUCUGUGGAAAAGAUCGAGGAGGAGGAGGAGGAGGAGGAGGAAGAGGAGGAAGCAGAAUGA